AUCCUCCUUUAUCCCUUGGUCAUGCAUCUAUAUUAGCUAAUUUAAGACAUCAUAAUAUUGAUACUUUUCCUCGCUCGUGGUCGGUAAAUGUACCCACUUUUUCACCCGAUGACGUGGUAGAAUUUAUCAUGAUGCAUGCUAAUCCUCAUAAUGAU